GACCGUCUACUUGGAUGUUCAGGCUAAUCAUGUGAUUGAUGACGCAUUACAUCGCGCCGGUUGUAAAUCAGACCGCUUCGAAACUACUGACGUGUAAACCUAUUUGUGCUGUCCGAUAUAUCUGUUUGGAAGUUGUGGCCUCUUUAAUUAGUUAUUUUUUAAAUUGUAUUCCUGUAUAGGUUUGUUUCAUUAAUUUACUUUAUUUAUAGGGACUCUUACUUUGCCAUAAAACUACUAUUUUGACACAGUUAUCAACAGGAAGCUGUUCCUUUUUGUCUUACCGCGAGCUUCUGUCAUUUCUAGCGCCCAAGUAGCGGAGUGGUGGACCGGUGGCGAUGGAAUCACGUUGCACUUGCGGCUUUCUUUCGGCAGUGAGGCGGUGUGUUCGUCAGUCUCGGGACUUACAGAUACUUUUCCGGGGUCUUAGUGGCACGACACCGCUUUCAUCUAGUUUUAAGGCCGUUUCAGGAGCGGCAACAUCAGAUGAACCAGAACCUGAUAAUUCAGGGGGUAGCGGUGGGGAAAGGACAAGCGGUGGAUGGUCGGCCAGUCUCUUUAGGACUGCCUGUGCUAUUGGACUCGGAGUCUGUGGCGUGGCAGUGAUUCAUUCCCGACGAGAGAAAGAAGGACUGGUCGGCGUGAAUGGAUCUUUUCUUGGUCUGCCUUCAGCCGCCUGCGCUGCCCCAUUCAAGCCGGACAGCCCCAGAUACAAGUAUAAUUUUAUUGCUGACGUAGUGGAGAGGUCCGCACCUGCUGUCGUUUACAUCGAGAUUGUGGGGAGGCAUCCUUUUUCUGGCCGUGAAGUUCCGAUUUCAAAUGGUUCAGGAUUUAUCAUCGACAAAGAUGGCUUAAUAGUAACUAAUGCUCAUGUGGUUGCUAAUAAGCGAGGAGUGCGAGUAAAGCUGGCCAAUGGGGACACUUAUAAUGCCAUGGUAUUGGAUGUAGACCAAGUUGCAGACAUUGCUACCAUCAAAAUUAAUGCAAAGCAUCCACUCCCAACUCUUCCUCUUGGGGUUUCAUCAAGCUUGCGCCAAGGGGAGUUUGUUGUAGCAAUGGGAAGUCCAUUUGCAUUGCGUAAUACCAUCACUUCUGGAAUUAUCAGCUCUGUGCAAAGGGAAGGUCGAGAACUUGGCCUUUCCAACUCUAAUAUGGACUAUAUUCAAACAGAUGCGGCCAUUGAUUUUGGAAACUCUGGAGGACCACUUAUAAAUUUGGAUGGUGAGGUUAUUGGUAUUAAUACAAUGAAAGUGACAGCAGGAAUCUCCUUUGCAAUUCCUUCGGACUACCUCAGGCAGUUCCUCAACAGAGCGGAAGAGAAAAAGAAGUCAUGGUUUAGUGGUCAAGAGCCAAAGAGACGCUAUAUUGGUGUAAUGAUGCUGACAUUGACUCCCAGCAUUAUUGGGCAGCUGAAGGUUCGGGACCCCAGUUUCUCUGAUGUGAUGCAUGGUGUAUUAAUUCACAGGGUCAUCAUUGGAUCUCCUGCUCACAGAGCAGGGAUGAAACCUGGUGACAUUGUUCAGGAGAUAAAUGGAAAACUUGUGAAGACUGCUGAAGAACUCUACAGUGCCGUCCGCACAUCUGACAGCCUUAAUAUGGUGGUGAAGCGUGGCCAUGAUGUACUUAUGCUUCACAUGACACCAGAGUUCACAGAAUAGAUGGGGCCUGGAAGUGAGAGGUGGAGUUGGGGUUUCGGAAAGAUAACACUCCUCUUAGGAAAGACCUUAAAAGAAAAAAAAACAAAACUUUAUUUUUAAAAUGUUCUCUAUGGGCUACACCAUCACAACUGGGUUUAUAAAACAAAAAUGUGAAUUGAAUCCACUGGCCUAAUACGUUUUUGUAUAAUUAAAAGCAAACCUUGCAUGUCGAUAUUUUUGUCUCCACUAGAGGACUCUGCUUUCCAUAAAAUGUAAACGCACAUCAGUACGUACAGUAGGUCGUGCUAUUUAAAGGUGUACAUUUCUGUCCAUGGAGGGCCCUGUUGAGUUUUCAUUUUACCUGCGAGGUUUGUGAACUCUUUUAUAUAAACCUGAUGUGCAUUAUAUAAAAACAACAGUAAAUUGUAAUAUAUAUGUCAUAAGCACUCUCACUUGGUUAAUCAAAGGUGUUAAAUAACAAAAUACAGUGUACUUUAUUCAGGAUUGGCUCCAUCCCCUUGGAAUCCUAUAAUCUGAUGAAGCCAUUUUGAAAAAUCGAUGAACCCAAAGAAAAUGAAAAGAAUCUUAAAAAAAAAUCACUGAGUGAUCAUAAAUCUUCCUUUGAAUUCUUUUUAAUCUUAAGAUGCUUUUCCUUUUUUGUUAGCUAUGCAGCAUUUUAAUAGUAUUGUAAUUAUUACCGUAUAUGGUUGUGAUUUUCUUAAAAUGUAUUGAUUUAUAUUUAGUUUAUCUUGUCUGAAAUCCUAUGGACAUUGACAUUGUUUACACUUUUAAGCAUCGAGCGACGUACUUUUGUGAGGAACAUCAAACUGUAAGUCAUGUAUAUACUUUUUGUAGUUUUUAUUGUUGAUAUUCAGUUAUUUGAGCCUCAUCACUUUUUAUUAAACUGCUUCUUGGAAAAGGUUUGUAUGGCUGGAGAGUGGCGAUAUUUUGCAUGUUGGGUUGAGAUACAAGUAUGAAUUUUUCAGUUUUCUGUAUAAUAUUACUACUACUACUGCCUUACUUGCAGUUUGUUAUAAAUGCGCUUAAUGCCAAUAAGAUACUAAAUCUUUUAAGUCAAGAUGAAAUCAUGCGAUGCCAUUACCAUCUAAAUAAAUCAAUCGUUUAGGCAUAUGCUUUUAUUUCAAUUUUUAUUUUAAUGUGCUAGUAAAGAUAAUAGCAGUUUGUCAUGUUUGCUUUAUUCUGAUGUAGUUAAUUAGUACGUUUUAAAACUUUAUAGUUCUAAUGCAGCAAUAACCUUAUUUAGAUGAUGCUAAAUGUUUGGUUUUAGGAUAAUAAACUUCGUUCUGCAAGGUCCCAAAAUAACCGAUAGGAAUGUGCUGUGAAGUAGCAACACAUCCGCUUUCUGUUUACAUUUUUCAUUCUUGAGGCUAUUGUUUCUUAUGUGUAAUACUAAACGUAGAGCGGGAGGAAAUAAGAAGUUACACACUUGUGAGUUGUAGUCUUUGAGUUCUGUUGGGGUGUCAGGUUAGCCUCACUUCUGCUGCAGGUGGGACAUUUGUGACCACAUUUCUAUGUAGUCCGGUGGUCCGUAGUCGUGCUCAGCGCACUUUUAGGAAUGAAUGACUGAUCAGUGUAAGAAGUGUACAUUAGUAACCUAAGAUUCACAAACCUAGUCAUCCAUUUCAUGGUCACAGGAGCAGGCCGUGCCUAAAUCUGACAUACUAGCUGUAAAAAGCCCGGGGUCCUAGAAACUAUUGAAAUUGUCAUAAAAAAAAAAAAAACCCUGAAAU